AGCAUCCGCAGCAUCCGCAGCAUCCGCAGCAUCCACAGCAGCAGCAGCAGCAUCCGCAGCAUCCGCAGCAUCCGCAGCAUCCACAGCAGCAGCAGCAGCAUCCGCAGCAUCCGCAGCAGCAUCCGCAGCAGCAGCAUCCGCAGCCGCAGCAGCAGCAUCCGCAGCAGCAUCCACAGCAGCAGCAGCAGCAUCCGCAGCAGCAGCAACAGCAUCCACAGCAUCCGCAGCAGCAGCAGCAGCAGCAGCAGCAGCAGCAGCAGCAGCAGGCGCACCGACGGCGCUGCGUAGCUUGA